AUGAGCGCGCCUCAGGCGAACGAGGCGGAGAAGAACAUCGAGAUAUGGAAGGUUAAGAAACUCAUCAAGCGCCUUGAGGCGGCGCGUGGAAAUGGCACGUCGAUGAUUUCGCUGAUCAUCCCCCCGAAGGACCAGGUGUCCCGAGCCGCGAAGAUGUUGGCAGAAGAAUUCGGAACUGCUUCCAACAUCAAAUCGCGUGUGAACCGUCUCUCUGUCCUUUCCGCCAUUACCUCCACCCAGCAGCGUCUCAAGCUCUACACCAGGGUCCCCCCGAACGGCCUCGUCAUCUACUGUGGUGAAAUUAUCACUGCGGAAGGAAAGGAAAGGAAGAUUAACAUCGACUUCGAGCCUUUCAAGCCUAUCAACACCUCCCUGUAUCUUUGUGACAACAAGUUCCAUACAGAGGCACUGAGCGAGCUGUUGGAAUCGGACCAGAAGUUUGGUUUCAUCAUUAUGGACGGAAACGGUGCUCUCUUUGGUACAUUGAGUGGAAACACUAGAGAGAUCGUCCACAAAUUCUCCGUUGACCUGCCCAAGAAGCACGGACGUGGUGGUCAGUCUGCUCUGCGUUUCGCCCGUCUGCGAGAGGAGAAGCGUCACAACUAUGUCCGCAAGGUUGCUGAACUUGCAGUUCAGAACUUCAUCACCAAUGACAAGGUCAAUGUGGCGGGUCUGAUUCUGGCCGGUUCUGCUGAUUUCAAGAACGAUCUGAACCAGUCUGACAUGUUCGACAACCGCCUGCAAUCAAAGGUCAUCAAGGUCGUGGAUGUUUCCUACGGUGGUGAGAACGGAUUCAACCAGGCUAUUGAACUCGCUUCUGAGACUCUGGGCAACGUGAAGUUCAUCCAGGAGAAGAAGCUGAUCGGCAAGUAUUUCGAAGAGAUCAGUCAGGACACUGGAAGAGUCUGCUACGGUAUUGAGGAUACUCUGAAGGCAUUGGAGUUGGGUGCUGCGGAGAUAUUGAUCGUGUACGAGAACCUUGAUAUCACUCGCUGGGUCCUGAAAAACUCCAACGGUGAGGAGAUAAUUCUCCACACUACCAAGGCGCAGGAGUCGAACCGAGAGCUUUUCAUGGACAAGGAGACUGGCCAGGAGAUGGAGAUUGUCGAGCAGACAUCCCUGUUGGAAUGGCUGGCGGAGAAGUACAAGGAUUUCGGCGCCACGCUAGAGUUCGUGUCCGACAAAUCCAGCGAAGGAAACCAGUUCGUCAAAGGCUUCGGUGGUAUCGGCGCGAUCCUCCGUUACAAGGUCAACUUCGAACAACUUGCUGAUUUCGAUGAUGAGGAUGAAUUCUAUGAUGGUACGUAA